AUGGAUAAGCGCAAUUUGGAAAAUACUCCCCGGGCGGGUACCAGCAAUGGAGAAUCCCGUGCACCCUCGAAAGAGGGUGUCUGCCGCGCGUAUACGGGGGCGGCACAAAGUGCGUCGAGUGAGGCGGAGGCUGCCAAGGCGGCGAGACAGAAGGCCAUUUUGGCGGCGCUAGGAGGAGGAGGUGACAGCGCGAAGAAACGCGACAGCCCGAAGCCGGCGCCCAUUACCGCGCCGGCAGCGGAGCUUUUAACGGAUGAGGACGUUGACUUCAGCCAGCCGCAGCCCAACGGCGUUGAGCGGAUGCUGAAGUUAAUGCAGAAGAGGAAACUGAGAGGCGACAAGGAUCUGCCGCGUGUUCUUUUGACACGCGACGUGAAAAUGCCGCCUCCAAGUACUGGAAAGGACUCUCUGACUGGUAGAGACUCCCCUCGUGGUCGAGUCUCCCAACAUGGAUUUGACUCCCUCGGUCGUGACAGCGAGGGCUGGCUCUCGGACUCCAGCGAAAUGUCCAGCAUGUCGCUGGACUCCGAGGGACUGCCCGCGCUUACCCCGGAUAGGACUCACCGUAAGAGACGGAACACGGAGGAAGACAUGGCGCCGACCCACAGUAAAGGGGUGGUGCCCAAAUCUAAGAAAGGACGCGGCCGCCCGCCAACAACCGGACAAUAUGUCGGUUUGGCGAAGGCGCAGGCCGACUUGAACCGAGAGAGGGAGGAGGCCCUUCGACUUCAGGCUGAAGAAGAGGUGGCCGAGGCGGCCAGGGCCGCUCGAGAGACGCGGUCUUCGCUCCUCGCGAGCCCUGCGCCCAUGGACAGUGACAGGCCGGAGCAGACCAUCAACGCUCUGGCUAAAUGCGUGGAGACUUCGUUGACGACGAUCACCAUGGUCGCAACGAAGUCCAACAAUUUGAAGGGGACGUUUCAGCGCCUUCUUAAGGAGGCGGUCAGCGAUAUACGCGCGACCGUCGCCGAAAUGAAGAACCGCGGAACGACAGACGAAGUAAGAGCCCUCGAAGCUCAGAAUGCGCGGCUCCAACAGGAGGUGGAGUCUAUGCGCAGAGAAGUAGAGGGCCUACGUCAGCAGAUGACAAAGCCGGCCGAGCAGGACAUGCGCCAGCUGUUGUCUGAGGUCUCUCGCUCUAACGUAGAGACCUUCAGCAACAUGCUGAACGCUCGGCUGGCCGGUCUGGAAAGCCGGCUCUUACCGGAGCCACGGCUCCGACCUCCGCUCGCGGCGGACAGAGUAGGGAGUGUUACUCCAGCCGCUGUCGUGAGUGAAGAGGCAAUACCGGAGGAGGUAAUACCGGAGCAGACGCCGGGGACCCCGAAGCCAAAAGCCAAGGGGAAACCGGCCCAAAAGAAGACGCGGCAGCCUGUCGCCACAGAGGCCCCACAAGAGGCCCCGGCCGCGCCCGUGGCGCCCAAGGCCAAAAAGGGCCGAAAGAAGAAAAAGCGGCCGGUGGGUACCGGCAACGGAGAAUCCCACACUCCCGCUUCGGCGGGGGAUCGGGCCAGGUAUACUGGGGGCCCUAAACAUGCUAUGGAGAAGGUGAGGAGCGGAUCAAACGACGACUUAAGCAAGAAAACGGCAUCAGAUAGGCACGACGUGAUGGUUAUGUUGACGGCAAGUGAAGGAGAAGGCUCGCGGGCGACUACGCCCGUUUCUACUGGCUCUGCAACUGGGUUCUUCCGGAGGCAUCCAGGUCCAGGCAGUGGGACCGAUGACAUGAGUGGCGAUGAGACCGCCGCUUCAUUGGACAAGGACAGUGACGACUCGAAAAGGGCUCGUUUCCUGCGCAAGAGGCGUGGUGGCGAGGACAGCCCCGAGAAGGACAAGGGAGCGGCGAAAAACCGAUCUUCUUCUAAACGUGGGAGGGGCAGGCCCCCCACGACUGGUGAAUACGCUGGCCUGGCCAAGGCCAAACAGGAUUUUCUGGACGUAGAACAGCGGGCCCUGGAGGUCGAGGCCGAGCGCCAAAUCUUGGAAUCGGCUAAGAGGAUUCCACUGGUUCCACGGGUUCUGGUGGACCGGAUGUCAGAAUCCUCUUUCAACUUGGACGUCACCAUGGCAGAGAAGGAGGAGGUCACGACGGCGAGACUUGGGUCGGUGAUUACCACCAGCCUAGAGGUCAUCAGCGACGUGGCCAAAAAAUCUAAGAAUUUGAAGGGGACAUCAGUGGCGGCCCUUAAGCAGGCAACAAGUGCCAUACAGGAGGCGUGUGUGGCCCUCCUUAAUCACUCGGCGUCCACCGAAACAAGAGCCCUGGAGAUGGCUAAUGCGCGCCUCUCCAGAGAGCUAGAGGAAGUGAAAAGGGAACUGGAGACUGUCAAGCGCAGACUGGCUGACGCCCCUCCACAACCUGCUCCCAUCAAUCAGGAGCUUAAUAUAGAGGAGUUGCUGCAGCGGGCCGUGCGCGAGGCGGUCUCUGUAACCAGCGCCCGAAUGGAUGCGCGACUGGAGGGCUUAGAGGCCCGACUCUUACCGGAGCCGCGCCUGCGUCCGCCUUUGGCCGCGGACAACAAGAGGAAGGACAAGGCAGGCCCUGUCAUCACACUUGAGGGACCGCCUCCAAUUGAGAAGAGGACGCCUUCGCCGGAGACAACAGUCUCCACCUUAAUGCCUCCGACGAAUCCCGGUCCAGCGCCGAAAAAGGCAAAGAAAAAGAAAAAGACGACUGCCGCCGCUGUUGAAGCGGCAGCCGCGAGACGCGAUGCGGCUGCAACAACGGCGGCACCACAACCCGCCUCCACUUCUGAGUGGACACGGGUCGUCAAGAGAGGGAAGGUAACGAAUAAGAAAGAAGAGGAGAAGUCGCAGAAGAAAGGAAAGAGGAAAAGGUAUAGAAGGAAGCAGAAGUUGCGCGCGCCGAAGUCUGCGGCUGUCGUUAUAACUUUGAUGCCGGACGCGGAGAAGAGAGGCGUCUCUUAUAAAGACGUCCUCGAGAGGGCAAAACAGCGUCUAGACCUCCCGGCACUUGAAAUUCCGGCGGUUAAAUUCAAGCAGGCCGUGACCGGGGCUCGUUUAUACGAAGUUUCGGGUACGGCUUGCCAGGAAAAGGCCGACGCCCUCGCAGGGAAGCUAAGAGAGAUUCUCGGGGAGGACGAUGUCCGUAUCUCCCGACCGCAGAAGUGCGCCGAGUUGAGAGUCUCGGGGAUGGAUGACACGGCCACCCCGACAGAGAUCGCGGCAGCCAUUGCUCGUCCAGGCAACUGCCGCGUCGAGGACGUCAAGGUCGGCGAGAUCCGCCUGGACCGGAGUGGCCGCGGAACGGCGUGGGUGAAGUGCCCCGUCGAAGCCGCAAAACUGGUGACGGCUCCCGGCACCAAAGUUUACGUCGGGUGGUUAGUGGUGCGCGUAACUCUCCUGGCUGCGCGCACCAUGAGGUGUUACCGCUGCCUCGAAACGGGGCACACAAGAGCGACAUGCCCCUCGGAAACUGAUCUCAGCGAGCUCUGUUUCCGCUGCGGACAGUCCGGACACCAGACUGGAACGUGUGGAAAUCCGCCUCACUGCGCUCUGUGUGCAUCGAAGGGGAAGCCGGCGGACCACAUUGUGGGGAGCAAACCGUGCUCAAAGUCUGCCCCCACUAAAAAGAGAAGCGGCUCUAAAAAGAGCCAAGAGACUAAGGAGCUCGCCACAACAGCUACGGCGGCUUCUGGUGCUAGAGAGGGUAACCUGAAUCACUGCGCUCAGGCGCAGGACUUGUGGGUUCAGGCGAUACUGGAGCGGAGGGUGGAUGUCGCCGUUGUUGCUGAGCCAUAUCGGGUCUUGGCUAGGGACGACUGGAUUGGGGACGUCGACUCGUCUGUAGCCGUGGUCCUCGGCUCCAAUAUCGUGCCUCCUUCUUCGGGGAACACGACUCGGGGCCAAGGAUUUGUCGUGGUCGGUCUGAGGGCGCUUACCGUUGUGGGGGUAUAUUUCUCCCCCAACAGACCGUUGGCGGAAUUCGAAGCUUUGCUUCUUCGACUCACCGCAUACAUCGAGGGGUCAUCGCCUCCUGUAGUCGUCGCCGGGGACUUCAAUGCGAAGUCCACGCUAUGGGGUUCUCCGGCGACGAAUGCAAGAGGCCGCGUGGUAGAAGACUGGCUGAUCACGACCGGUCUAGUGGUGGCGAAUCGCGGCGCGGUCAGUACGUGUGUCCGCCGCCAAGGCGAGUCGAUCGUCGACCUGACCCUGGUCAGUUCAUCGAUAGCCCGACGAGUCAGUGACUGGCAGGUCUUAGGUAAUACCGAGACGCUCUCGGACCACCUGUAUAUUAGCUUCGCCGUCUGUACUCACUCAGUGGAGCAAGGCCGCCCAACUCCAUCUGGCGGCGGCCCGAGGUGGUCCCUGAAAGGAUUGGACCGAGACCUGCUCGAGGAAGCGGCGAUAGUGGCGUCAUGGGCCCCUCUGCCUUCGGAGGAUGUGGAAGAGUGUGCUGAAUGGCUCAAUGAGGCGGCGCACAACAUCUGCGACGCCUCGAUGCCCCGCGUAGGACCAGCUAAGCCUCGGUGCCAGAGCUAUUGGUGGUGCCCUGAGCUUACCAGACUUCGACAGGAGUGUGUUGCGGCCCGACGCUGCUACCAGAGGUAUCGCCGACGACGGACUCGAGAGGAACAGAUAGAAGAGUCCGUCUAUGACCAGUACCGUACAGCACGUCGCGAACUGAGGGACGCCAUCAAGGAGGCGAAGAAACGUGCCUGGGAAGAGUUCCUGGAUACGUUGGACCAGGACCCGUGGGGCAAGCCAUAUAAAUGGGUGAGGCAGAAGCUUCGCCCGGCGGCCCCACCACUCACCCAGACUCUGCAACCGGAGCUCCGCAGAACCAUCAUUUCGGCCCUGUUUCCAUCUAGGGCCGAGUGGUCGCCACCUCCCAUGGCACCACCCACUGCGGAGUCCGAUGACGAUGAAGAAGUGCCGCCCGUAUCGGCGGGAGAGCUGGCAGCAGCCGUUCAGAAGAUGGGCCAGAAGAACAGGGCCCCCGGUCUUGACGGCGUUCCGGGACGAGUGUGGGUGCUCUCGGUGAAGCACAUGGAGGAGCGGGUACUCACCGUUUUGACCAGAUGUCUGGUCCAGGGUCGAGUACCCCGCCGUUGGAAGACCGGCAAACUCGUCCUGCUGAGAAAACACGGGCGGCCUGAGGACCAACCAUCGGCCUACCGUCCAAUAGUGUUGAUCGACGAGAUCUGCAAGACGUUCGAGAGGGUUAUCGUGGCGCGUCUCAAUCGCCACCUUGAGAACGUCGGCCCGAACCUCAGCAGCGCCCAGUUCGGAUUCAGACCUCGUCGAUCGACUAUAGAUGCGGUAGCCCGAAUCCGGGCGACCACAGAGGAGGUAGUUUCCCGGGGUGGGGUGGUGGUGGUUGUGUCACUAGACAUCAGCAACGCUUUUAACACCCUGCCCUGGGCUACAAUCAACGAGGCGCUCAGGUACCACGGCGUGCCAAGGUACAUGCGCAGGGUGAUCCGGAAUUACCUAUCAGAGCGGUCGGUACAAUACCCGACGGAAGACGGCAACUGGGAAGAACAUGAGGUCGACUGCGGUGUCCCACAGGGCUCUUCUCUUGGGCCGACCCUGUGGGACAUCGGCUUCGACUAUGUCCUCCGUGGCGCCGAUCUCCCCGGCGCAGAGAAGGUCGCCUAUGCGGACGAUACAGCUGUCGUCUGCCGUGGCAAGACAGUGCGCGAAGCGGUCAUACUCGCGACGGCGGCGGUGGCGCAAACAGUCCGGCGUAUUGAGUCGCUGGGUCUGAAGGUGGCGCUUAACAAAUCCGAGGCCCUGAUCUUCCAUGGGCCGAGGAACGCCCCUCCGCCCGGUCUGGCUAUCGUGGUUGGCGGAACCAGGAUCGAAGUGGCGUCUUCCAUGACCUACCUCGGUCUGGUACUUGACAGCCGGUGGUCCUUUAAGGAGCAUUUCCGCCGGCUGUCCGAGAAGGUCACCAAGUCUGCUGGGGCUUUAGCCACUCUGCUCCCGAAUCUCGGGGGCCCCAGCUUAGAGUGUCGGCGCCUCUACAUGGGGGUGAUACGCUCCAUGUGUAUGUAUGGGGCGCCGAUCUGGGCCGAAGAUCUGUUGCCCGGAAACGGACUCGUCCUGGGGCGACUGCAGAGAGUAAUGGCGACGCGGGCUGUGCGCGGAUACCGCACCAUAUCGAAGGAUGCGGCCUGCCUGCUCGCCGGCAGCGUCCCGUGGGACAUAGACGCGAGAGCUCUCGCCGACAUCUACUGGCGUUGCGCAGAGGUCCGCGCGGGGGGCAGCAACCCCCUUCCGGACGCCGUACGUCGGUGGAGGGCUCAAGCCAAGGAGAGGACACUGGAGUUAUGGGAGGAGCGCCUGCUGGAGCCACGGGUCAGCGUAGACCUAGUGGAGGCCAUUCGCCCGGUUCUGAAGGACUGGGUGAAACGCAAGCACGGUGCUCUCUCGUUCCACCUUACACAGGUGCUGACCGGGCAUGGCUGCUUUGGUCGGUACCUGUGUGAGAUAGCCCGGAGAGAGGAGUCAGCGCGGUGCCACCACUGCACCGCGGACAGGGACACGGCCGAUCACACCAUCUUGGCCUGUCCCUCAUGGACCAGACAAAGAGCGGCCUUAACGGCCGCCAUCGGACUCGACCUCUCGCUGCCGGCACUGGUGCAAGCCAUGCUGAGCAGCGAGCACCACUGGAGAGACGUAGAGAGAUUUGCCGAGGAGGUGAUCUCCAUUAAAGAGGAAGCCGAGCGAGUCAGAGAGAGGGAGGCGCUCGACCCUCAUAGGAGACGACGGCCGAGGCGUAGACGGAUCGUCCAAAAUGGCCGAAACGUCCCGCCUUAGCAGGGGUACUCGGGGUGGCAGUGUGGGGACGCCGCCGCCCAUUGCACCGAGUCCCGAGACGGUCGUGAUGCGCCUCAUGUUCCUGCGCAUCGCGACACCGCCGGUG